UUUUCCGUUUCAUUGUAGGAAGAAUAGAUAACAGAAAAAGAAAAAGAAAGCUAAGCUUAUGUUAUUACAACGGCUCACCCUCGUAUAGUAAACAAUACUGAUGUGCCACAGACUAUUAUUUCUCAGUUCAACUGUUACUUUAAAGUGUCGCAGUUUCAACGCUCGCUUAUCCCAUUACGCGUAACAGACGUGUAACAUUCCUUCCGACUUUUCCACAGGAAGUUACUGUACUGAAAGAAGAUAAGAUCAGAUAUUAAUGCUUGUCUUUCUUUCUUUUUUUCCUUCAUUUUCUUUUUCAUUCAAUGUAUGUUUAUAAUUAACUGCGAGUGAAAUACUACUUAGACGCCGCUGUCAAGAGCGCAUUAGCAACAAUUGUAGGUGAUACAACACCUCAAACGAAAAUUUGAUGAAAAGAAAAUCAAGAAAAACUAGUUGAUAUCAUAAAACGUCAACUCAUACCAACACGCACGCACAUAUAUUAUACAGCAAGAAAGAGGGAGUCCGAGAGAGAGAGAGAGAGAGAGGGUUUCAUUUAUUAUACAUUUUUGUGAGCAUAUCUAUAUAUAAAUAUACGUGCAUGUGUUCGCGCGUGCAUAUAAAUACAAACACUAAAAAUCAAAACAAAAACCCCCCAAAAAAACCUCAGCCGAAUCAAGCACUCUUAAAAAAGGAAUAUGUCAAACGACCCGACAGACGAUAAAACCGAUGUAGAUAAAACCGAUGAGGACGGAGAUUUAAAUAAAAGAGAAAAGUGGUCGCGUAACAUAGACUUUUUAUUGGCGUGUAUUGGAUUCUCCGUGGGACUUGGCAAUGUCUGGCGAUUCCCGUAUCUCUGUUACAGAAACGGUGGCGGUGCCUUCUUGAUUCCAUACUUUAUCUGUGUAAUUAUUGGUGGCGUACCGUUGUUUUUCUUGGAAGUGGCAGUUGGUCAGUUUACUGGAACAACUGGGCUCAAGGCUUGGCGUCUAUGUCCAAUUCUACAAGGUAUCGGUCUGACAUCAUUUGUGAUUGUGGUCUUCCUGAAUAUUUACUACAAUGUUAUAUUAUGUUGGUCUUUCCGAUAUAUGUUUGCUUCGUUUACGACGGGUACACUACCUUGGGCGAAAUGUGGCCAGGAGUGGAAUACUUGCGCCUGUCGUUCAGUAUCUGACGGCUACGCAGCACCAAACGAUACACUUUGCAACAUCACUUUGGAUGGAAACUCCACCAGUGUAAAGACUUUUGAUUCCGUCACAGAAUACUGGGAGCGUGAAGUACUUCAAAUAUCUUCAGGAUUGGAAGAUAUGGGUGUAUUGAAGUGGGAUUUGGUCCUCUGCUUACUGUUUGCCUGGAUCGUCGUCUAUAUCUGCAUUUGCAAGGGGAUUAAAUCUUCGGGAAAGGUGAUGUACGUCACAGCAACAAGUCCGUACAUAUUCAUGUUAAUUCUUCUAAUCCGAGGAAGUUUGCUGCCAGGUGCAAAGGAAGGCAUCAUUUUCUACUUAAAGCCCAAUUUUGAACGGCUUAAAGAUAUUCAGGUGUGGGUGGAUGCAGGAUCGCAAAUUUUCUUCUCCUACUCUAUAUCCCUUGGAGCCCUCACGGCAUUGGGUAGCUACAAUGUCUUCAACCAUAAUUGUUUCAGGGACAGUAUUAUAUUUUCCGUAACCAACAGUGGAACAAGUUUGUUAGCAGGUUUUAUAACUUUCCCAGUCUUGGGUUAUAUGGCUAACAAAAUGAAUAAGACUAUUGAUGAUGUCGCUGAAUCCGGUCCCGGUAUGGCAUUUAUUGCUUACCCUCAAGCCGUAGCAACCAUGCCAGGAGCUCCGUUUUGGUCCAUCCUCUUUUUCCUCAUGUUGAUUUUACUCGGAAUGGACAGUCAGUUCGUUGGAGUUGAAGCUGUGGUAACUCUUAUUGUGGAUCAGUUUCCCAAACAACUACGUCGAGGCUAUCGCAAAGAAAUAUUCACUGGUUGUGUGUGCAUAGCGUCCUUCUUUUUUGGAUUGCCGAUGUGUAUGAAUGGAGGGAUGUAUGUGUUCCAGAUAUUUGACUUUUAUGCUGCGAGUCGUAUAAUCCUUCUUGUUGGGGGACUGGAAUGUAUAGCAAUAGCUUGGAUUUAUGGUGUUAAUCGAUUUUAUGACAAUAUUGAAAUGAUGGUAGGAUACAAAAUAGGACCAUUCAUGAAAUUCAGUUGGUUGAUAACAUCUCCAGUGUUUUGUUUAACAAUAUUUAUAAUGAGUGUAGUAAACUAUACUGAACUCACAUACAAAAGACCAUCAGGGACCUAUGUAUAUCCAGAUUGGGCUGUUGGAAUUGGCUGGACAAUGGCUCUUGUCUCAGCCAUUUUUAUUCCAAUUGUUGCCUUAGUUUUGGUUCUCAAGCAAUCAAAUGCAAAAUCGGGACUGAAGGCCCUUCUGGAGCCAAAAGGACUCAAAAGCCAUCAACUCCGGCCUCAAGACUUUGAUAAGUGUGCCAGUUAUGAUUUAGAAUCGUUUCCAAAUAAACCGCCUUCAUAUGUUUUUGCUAUUUCUCAUCCAGAGAACAAAGAAGCAUAAUCAAUUUUUUUUAAUGACUCACUUAAUUCUUAUUCACAAAACAUAUAUAUUUUCUUCAUUAAAAACAAAAUCAGUUUCACUAUAUUUUCAAAGUAAUAAAAGAAAAACUCUUUUUGCUAUUCAUAUAUUUUAACUAUUCAAAAAACUUUAAAAACGUUCUUAUCCAGUUUUUAAAAUGAUUAUACUGUAAAUACAAUCUUUCUGAGGGUUUGGCUUAUAUUUCAUUUUCCAGAAUUUUAACCCAAAUUUUGUUUUAAAGGUCUGUUAUUUUUAAACAUUAUCAAUAUUAUUAUUAUUAAGGCAGUGAGCUGGCAGAAACAUUAGCACACCAAGUGAAAUG